UGGUUAUCUAUACUGUGCCUGGCAUCUGCACCCAGGGGGCAAAAUGAUUGCGCUCAGUGAAAAGCUGAUUGUGGACUGCAGCAAAGGAAUCAACAAAGUUGCUAAGUUUCUCAAAGGAGGAUUUGGGGCUCCAAAGCUGCAGGCGGUGUUCCAGCAUAGCUGCAAGCAAGCAAAGAUUUUAAUCGCAGCUUUUACACUUCCUGACCUUGCCGAACAGUUCUCACCACCUGACAUCGGCCCUCCGGUCCUUAUCAAGCUUAUAGAAGCCAUUGAAAAGAAAGGUCUUGAGUCUGCAACAUUGUACAGAUCACAAAGCUCCAGCAGCUUGACUGAACUGAGACAGAUCCUAGAGUGUGAUGCUGCUUCAGUGGAUUUUGAGCAAUUCGACAUAGCGAUUCUGUCAGAUGCUUUAAAGCGCUACUUUUUGGAUCUUCCGCAUCCUGUCAUUCCAGCUUUAAUGUACAGUGAAAUGCUAUCUGCUGCCAGAGAGUCCAUAAGCUCAGAUGAAUAUGUGCAGCUAUUGAGGAAGAUCAUCCGAUGUGCCAACGUUCCACAGCAGUACUGGCUCACCCUGCAGUAUCUGCUCAAACAUUUCUUUCAACUCUGUCAAAGCUCCAGCAAGAACUUACUAAGUGCCAAGUCCCUGGCAGAAAUAUUCAGCCCCCUACUUUUCAGGAUCCAGGUAUCGAGCUCCGACAGCUCAGAAUUCAGCACUCAGAUACUGGAAGUUCUGAUCGCAAGUGAGUGGAAUGAGAAGCAAGCUGCUCCAGCACUGCCACCAAAGCCUCCCAAAUCUACUGCUGUAACCAACAACGGUACAAAUCACGUUAUGUCUCUGCAAGAUGCUGAAUGGUACUGGGGAGAUAUUUCAAGGGAAGAGGUCAACGAAAAGUUGCGUGAUACCACUGAUGGGACCUUUCUGGUACGAGAUGCAUCAACUAUAAUGCACGGUGACUACACCCUAACGCUAAGGAAAGGUGGAAAUAACAAACUUAUUAAAAUCUUCCACCGGGAUGGAAAAUAUGGCUUUUCCGAUCCCCUGACUUUCAACUCUGUAGUCGAACUUAUUACCCACUACCGAAAUGAGUCUCUUGCUCAGUAUAACCCUAAAUUGGACGUCAAACUCCUGUAUCCCGUGUCAAGGUUCCAGCAGGAUCAGGUAGUCAAAGAAGACAGUAUAGACGCAGUGGGGAAGAAGUUGCGAGAGUACAAUGUUCAGUUCGAAGAGAAGAAUCAAGAAUAUGAUCGACUAUAUGAAGACUACACAAGGACGUCUCAGGAAAUUCAAAUGAAAAGAACUGCCAUUGAAGCAUUUAACGAGACCAUAAAGAUAUUUGAAGAACAGUGCCAAACACAGGAAAAAUACAGCAAGGAGUAUAUUGAAAAAUUCAGACGCGAAGGCAAUGAGAAGGAGAUACAGAGGCUUUUGCACAAUUACGAAAAGCUGAAGUCUCGCAUCAGUGAAAUUGUUGACAGCAAGAGAAGACUAGAAGAAGAUCUAAAGAAGCAAACGGCUGAAAACCGGGAGAUCGAUAAGCGAAUGAACAGUAUCAAACCCGAUUUGAUUCAGCUGAGGAAGACCAGAGACCAGUACUUAAUGUGGUUGACACAGAAAGGCGUAAGACAGAAGAAAUUGAACGAGUGGAUGGGCAACGAGAACACUGAAGAUCAAUAUUCAGUGGUAGAGGAAGAGGACUUGCCACAUCAAGACGAGAGGACGUGGAACGUUGGCAAUAUCAACAGAAACCAAGCCGAAAACCUUUUACGUGGGAAACGAGACGGAACAUUCCUUGUGCGAGAGAGCAGCAAAGCGGGUUGCUUCGCUUGCUCUGUAAUGGCGGAGGGAGAGGUAAAGCACUGUGUUAUAAACAAAACGCAUACUGGUUUUGGGUUUGCAGAGCCGUACAAUUUGUACAGCUCUCUGAAAGAACUGGUGCUUCAUUACCAACACACGUCGCUUGUACAGCACAAUGACUCUCUUAAUGUGACACUAGCACACCCUGUAUAUGCACAGCAAAGGCGAUGAAGACCUAACGAACUAUGGAGUUCACUCCUACACUGACGACAUUGAAGCCUGCCCAGGCACGGAAUAUAAAUAAAGCUCCUUCAUCGGCCCAGUUCACAGAUUGAGCGGCAGUAUCAAAGCUAUCCUCGGAUGGAAUAAGAGCUUUCUUUCACCAUGGAAGCAGGAGAUGAGUGUUAAGCUGUGAAUGUAUGUCUCUAAGCUAUUGUGCUUGCUUUCUAAGAACCAAAAGCACAGCAACAUAAAGAUAUGCUAUUGAAAAAAAUAAAAGCCAAUCUCCCAGGCCUGCAGGUACCUAGAGGCCUUCACCAUGGUGCUUGUUUACGUUCUAUUAAAGCUUUACCAGCUUGAAUGUUGGUCUGCGCAGAUCUAAGAAGCCAAGGUGUCUUUUGUUUUGGGGAACCGUUCCACCGUAAACCGACUUAUAAAUGACUCAUGGCAUUGCAUACGGCGGAUCUACUUAACAGAGCCUUGUGGAUUAGUAUCAUUUCCCCCACCCAAAAAUAAAUUUCUAUAUAUGUAGCGGAAUGGCACUUUUCAUCAUUUCUUAUUAAACGGAACUGCAACGAAAUGACAAAGCAGCGAGUUGCCGGAAGUGUUUUCAAAUAAGAAACUGAGAAAAUUCUCUCGUAGAGUCUAUUUAAUGAGGAAGAUGGCCAGAUGGAAAAAUGGCAAACAGUAUAUAUAAAUAUAUAUAUAUGUACAUAGCAUUGGGUGACUGUCCAAAUGGAACUCGUACCAAAAUGUCUCGUUUAUUUUGCUGAUUGCUGAAUCCUUAAUGCUAUGCAACAUCAGUUUUCCUUUGAGCUGUUUUUUUAUAUAUAUAUAUGUGUACCAAUAAGAAACCUUUCUGUUCAUUUUGAAAUAAUGUUACUUAUUUUGUUAUCACUGUUUUGUUUUUUUGUCCGUAUGAAACGUGCAGUAAGCGUCGGGACAGGUGCAGAGAAUUUAAAGCUAUUUUACCAUAAACCUUGUAUAGAAAAACUUGGCUCUGAGCCUAAGAUUUAAUGAAA